AAUCCACGCGAGAAACACUCUCCAUCUUUAAGUUUUCGUGUGUCUGUCGCACUGGAGGGGGGGAAGCGAUGGCAGCCCCGGUGAAAGCUGCGUUGGCUCUCCUGGUUCUCACCGUGGCAACUGCCUUGUGUGCGGAGGUGGAGGAGCGGCUGGUGAGUCACCUGUUGUCAUCAGAUCGCUACAACAAGCUGAUCAGACCAGCUGUCAACAACAGCCAGCAGGUCACCAUUUACAUCCAGGUGUCUCUGGCCCAGCUGAUCAACGUGAACGAGAGGGAGCAGAUCAUGACCACCAACUGUUGGCUCAGUCAGGUAUGGAAUGACUACAGAUUAAUGUGGGACCCCGAAGAGUACGAAGGAAUCAAAAAAAUCCGGCUCCCGUCACAACACAUUUGGCUGCCGGACAUCGUCCUCUACAACAAUGCUGACGGGACCUAUGAAGUCUCCUUCUAUUCCAAUGCCGUGGUCUCCAACAACGGCGAGGUGGCCUGGCUCCCACCCGCUAUCUACAAGUCGGCCUGCAAAAUCGAAGUCCGUGAUUUCCCUUUUGACCAGCAGAACUGUACCCUCAAAUUUCGCUCGUGGACCUACGACCACACUGAGAUAGAUCUCAUCCUCCUCAGUGAUUUCGCCUCACGUGACGACUUCAAACCCAGCGGUGAGUGGGAUAUUGUUUCACUGCCUGGGCGCAAGAACGAAGACCCUAAUGACAUCAGGUAUCUGGAUAUCACCUAUGACUUUAUUAUCAAGAGAAAACCUCUCUUCUACACCAUCAACCUGAUCAUUCCCUGCAUCCUUAUCACGUCGCUGGCUAUUCUGGUGUUCUACCUCCCGUCAGACUGUGGUGAAAAGAUGACUCUCUGCAUCUCUGUCCUCUUGGCCCUGACUGUGUUUUUACUCCUAAUCUCAAAGAUUGUGCCACCCACUUCUUUAGCAGUGCCUCUGAUUGGAAAGUACCUGAUGUUUUCAAUGGUGCUGGUCACCUUCUCCAUUGUCACCAGCGUCUGCGUGCUCAAUGUACACCAUCGGUCGCCCAGUACGCACACCAUGCCUCCUUGGGUCAAGCGUAUCUUCCUGUACCGGCUUCCGUCUUACCUCUUCAUGCGGAGACCCGGUAGCUCCAACAUCCGUGAGAAGUUCCGGAAAAGACACCAGCAGCGAUCAUAUUCUGACCAGAAGCUGCGUGGAGCCGACGGAGGGAUUGGAAGUCCAGCGGGAAUGGCAGAUUCCUCCUCAUCCUUCUUUGUGAACGAGGAUUCGGCCAAACGCUACGGGUGGAAGAUCAGCGACUUGUCAGACAACACAGAGUUCAGGAAGAGGAUGACACUCAAGUGCAACAUUGACGUGGAAGAUGCGGUGGAUGGAGUGCGUUACAUUGCUGAGAAGAUGAAGAGCGAGGAUGAUGACGAAGGGAUAAUUGAAGACUGGAAGUACGUGGCCAUGGUGAUCGACCGUCUCUUCCUGUGGAUCUUUGUGUUUGUGUGUGUGGUUGGGACGUUGGGCCUCUUCAUGCAGCCGCUGUUCCAGAGUUACAACACUCCCAUUGUUGAUGAGAUGGACCAUAAAUGAAAGCUGAAAUGUCAUCAUGAACUUUGAGUGUUCCCCCUCCCAGAAACAGAGCUCUGACAACAUUUUAUCCAUAAACAUGUCUGUCUUGCACCACUCGCUCACUGGGAAAUUAUAAUGAUGCACUUUAGCCCUCUUCCACCACCUGCUCCCUUCCUUACUUCUACUCCUUCAUCCUCCGUUUGUCCUGCCAUCCUCUGCUCCACUCAUAUGUCAUCUACUGGGAUCUAAUUAUUUUUGUUAAUGAAUGGAUAACUCUGGUUUGUCACAGAUUAGGUUACAUGUUCAUAGUUUGAUCAUUGAGUAGGCAGGAAUGAUAGAGAUCAUACUGUUACUGGAUAUCUGGGAACGUGGACGCUCGACGGUCAGGCUGUUCUCAUACACUGUUCAUAGCUAUACCUAUGAAUGUGAACCAGGAGAUAUAAAGAGCCACUAAGAAAUGCUGGACUUUUACUCGGAACACCGAUGUUUGUGUCCCGUGUGAAACCAUAAUUGAUUUAUUUUUCCCGUAACUCCUGUACUUAAGUAUCGCCAUUUCCGUAGUUAUUUUAACCCACAAUGAUAUCAUAAUUAAAAAAAGCAAUGGCCAAAACUAUGAAAACAAGACCUAAGUUAUAGAAACCAGAAUUAUCUUUUAAUUCCACACAUAAAGUGAAACCAUUCUGUCAUGAAUACAUUGAAGGUGUGUUGACCCCUAUCACUGUUCACAAAGGUUUACCUGGCCAACAGCUACUCAGGACUUUUUCAGUUUAGAACAGAUUUGGUUUUGCUAUCUCUCUGUGUCUAAAUCAAAUUCUAAUGGCCCUAACAUGACAUUAUGGGGGUCUGCAUGCAUACAACAAGACACUGUUUCUUUUUUUCCCGUUUAUUUUGGGGGGAUUUAAAAAGACAAAGAGACAAAAAGAUGAACAAAGCCACAGAAAGACACAUUUCGGUGAUUUUGGGCCUAAGAUCGACAACACAUCCCCUGCAGUGGAGAAGAUGAAUCCCUUCUGUGUAGAUACAUUGAAGAAGAUCACUUCCUUGUGUCCUUUUGCCAAUAUCACACAUAUUGUAUACAUUUCUAAUAUUUGCCUUGAAAAUGAGAGCAAGAGAGGACACACAUAUCUAACUGUUGGACUGCUCAAAUAAUAAUGGAUGGGUGUGUGACUGGGUGCCCAGCCUGUUUUUACCCUCACACAAACCUCACUGUGUGGACUGAUAAUAAUAAUAAUAAUAAUAAUAAUAGUAAUAAUAGUAAUAAUAGUAAUAAUAAUAAUAGUAAUAAUAGUAAUAAUAA